AUUCAAAAACAGAACUGAUAUUAUUAUUAAACCUGCCGAUUAGGGCUCAGAUCUUGGACAUAGACCACUAUAUUUCAGAAGCCGAACGUCAGUUCAAAGAAACCAACUUCUACAAGCAAUUAGAUUAUGAUCCUACACUAAAAUGUGCAGACAAAGUAUCCUCUGUUGUUGAAGACAUGUUGAAACAAGGAAAAAUCUCUGAGAAAAACAAAGACUACUUAAUAGUCCCUAAGCCUAAAGCUGGUAGAUUUUACAUUCUUCCUAAAAUACACAAAGAAGGAAUCCCAGGCUGCCCCAUUGUAUCUGCCAACGGUCACCAAACAGAACGUAUCUCAGAAUUUGUUGACCACCAUCUUCGGCCAUUUGUAUGCGCUUUGCCUUCUCAUUUGCAGAACACCACUGAUUAUCUAAGAAAAUUACAAUCUCAGAAAGAUUUACCUGACCAAACGCUUUUGCAAUCUAUGGAUGUUACUGCAUUAUACACUAACAUCCCCCACGAAGAUGGCAUUGCAGCGUGCAAAGAAGCAUGGGAUUCUCGUAUAAGAAAGAAUCCUCCCACAUAA